UUUUCUUAUCAUCCCUCCCUCCUCCUUUGCACCUUGGAGAGAGAGAGAGAGUGCUUCCAUCCAGCAGGAUUGCUUGUUUCUGAGGCAGACAAUAGAGCAGAGUAUUUAGGACACUUGGCAGGCAUGUUGGAGGGGAUGGGGACAUGGGCUGCUAAGUAGCUCAUCUCGUCACAUAGCCACUGGCAUGAUAGCUCUCGACAGCAAGGAAAAACAAGCAGUCCUGCUAAUGUUCCAUCAGCUGAGCUUCUAGUUCUAACCCCACCAGGUGGUCCUCAAUUCAACAUCAUGUUGCACCUCACCCUGCUCCUCCAUCUGCUUGUCCUUUCAUGCUCCCAUGAGGGUGCAUCAGUCACUGGGGAGGUACCUGACUUUUAUGGAGCAGAUGAAGUCACAGGUUACGGACCAGUGUUUGAGGAGCAGCCGGUAGAUACUAUCUACCCCGAGGAGUCACCCGAGGCCAAAAUUACCAUGAACUGCCGGGCUAGAGCCAAUCCACCUGCCACAUACAAAUGGAAGCUGAACAACAGGGAAAUUGACCUAAAUGAAGAGGGCAGCCUCUACAGUUUAGUAGGAGGGAACUUGGUCAUCAGCAAUCCCAUUAAGAGUGAACAUGUGGGGAAAUACUCCUGUUUGGCUACCAACAUGUACGGCACGGUCGUAAGCAGAGAGGCCUCUGUCCAGUUUGGAUACCUCGAUCUUUUCUCAUCGGAAGAGAGGUCCACAGUAAUCGUCAAAGAGGGACAGGGGGCCGUGUUGCUCUGCGCUGCCCCACCGCAUUAUCCAGCUGAGCUGUCAUUCCGCUGGAUCCUCAAUGAAUUCCCGACGUUCAUCCCACUGGACAAGCGGCGUUUUGUCUCCCAGAUAACAGGCAACCUCUAUAUCUCUAAGGUGGAAUCCUCAGAUAAAGGAAAUUACUCCUGCAUCGCCUCCAGCCCAUCUAUUUCUAAAAGUGUCUUCUCCAACUACAUCCCCCUCGUGCCUCUGACUGAACGUUCUAUCAGGAAAUACCCGGCUGACCUCAGAGUCAAGUUCCCUGACACCACUGCUUUGGUGGGGCACAAUAUCACCCUGGAGUGCUUUGCUUUGGGGAAUCCUGUCCCUGAGAUCCGGUGGAAAAAGAUAGACGGACACCUGCCAUCAAACCACGAGGUGCAGAUGACAGGAGCUCAACUGCAUCUGUACAAUGUGCAAUUUGAAGAUAGUGGCACCUAUAGGUGUGAAGCAAUAAACUCGAAAGGAAAGGACCACCAUACUGCAAAUGUGUUUGUAGAAGCUUUCCCUGAGUGGGUGGAACAUAUCAGCAGCACAGAGAAAGACCUUGGUAGCGACUACACUAUGUCCUGCAAAGCCAGUGGCAAACCUAAACCACACAUCCGCUGGCUGAAAAAUGGAGAACAGGUUGACAGGAAAGAGAUGAGAUUCAGCAGCUUGACAUUUGAUGAUUCAGGGAUGUACCAGUGCAUAGCAGAAAAUCACCAUGGAGUCAUUUAUGCCAAUGCAGAGUUGCGUGUCUUUGCCUGCGCUCCCACAUUUCAACACAACCCAGUGAAAACAGUGCUGGCAGCCAAAAAUGGCCGAGUGGUGAUUGAAUGUCGACCCAAAGCGGCCCCAAAGCCUGCCUUUUACUGGAGCAAAGACACUGAGCUGCUCUCCAACUCUACCAGGGUGUUCAUCUGGGAGGAUGGAAGCCUGGAGAUCCUCAAUGUAAGACGAGAAGACGAAGGCAGAUACACCUGCUUUGCAGAGAAUGAUCGGGGCAAGGCCAAUAGCACCGGCUAUCUGUCAGUUACAGAUGCUACAAAGAUCACCUUGGCACCAUCUGAUGUUGACGUUAAAGUGGGAGAGAAUGCCUGGAUGCAGUGCGCAGCAUCACACGAUCAGUCUCUAGACAUCACCUUCAUCUGGUCCCUAGAUGGCCGAGUCAUUGACCUACACAAGGACAGCCAACAUUAUGAACGCACCACAAAUGGAAGCUCGAAUGGUGAGCUGCUCAUCAAGAAUGUUCAGCUGAAACAUGCUGGACAGUACACCUGCACCGCGCAGACCCCUGUUGACAAUGUCACUGCCUCUGCCAACCUGGUUGUCAGGGGUCCUCCUGGUGCCCCAGGUGGGGUGCGAAUAAUAGAAAAAACUGACAAGAGCGUAACAUUGCAGUGGAGCCGUGGUGCAUACAACCACAGUCCGAUCUCCAAAUAUACCAUCCAGUACAGGGACCAGUUCUCAAAAGAUGUCUGGAACAGAGCCACUACAUCUCCUGUUGAUGUAGAGGGGAAUACAGAGAUGGCCACAGUGGUGAACUUGAGUCCCUGGACAGAAUAUGAGUUCAGGGUCAUCGCUACCAAUACUCUGGGGACAGGAGAGCCGAGCGAGCCGUCGCCUAAAGUUAAAACUCUGGAAGCAGUUCCUGUGGUGGCGCCCUCAGAGGUUGGCGGGGGUGGAGGGGCGAGCAGAGAACUGACCAUCACAUGGAAGCCUGUACCCCCGGAGUACUACUACGGGUCCAAUUUUGGCUACAUUGUGGCCUUCAAACCCCAAGAUGAACAAGAGUGGAAAAGGGUGGCAGUAGCUGAUCCCCAGGCCAAGCGCUAUGUUCACAAAGUCUCUGACAUCCCUCCUAUGACGGAGUUUGUAGUCAAAGUUAAAGCAUUCAACAGCCAGGGAGAAGGACCCUACAGCCUAACGACCAUCAUCUAUUCUGCACAGGACGCUCCAUCUGAAGCUCCUGGAGUUGUUGAAGCCAGAGCUCUCUCUGCUACAAUUGCUACUGUGUCAUGGAUGCCUCUCUCAAAUAGCGAUGUAGAUGGAUACCAGGUGAAGUACUGGAAGGCUGGUGAAAAUGAAGGAGAGGCCCUGAAGGUUGUGGUGUCGAGCAGGGAGAACCACACUAAACUUGAAAAUCUGACACCUUACACAGACUACAUUAUUGAAGUUCGAGGCUAUAACUCUGCAGGAUAUGGGCCAGCCAGCCACCACUUCCGGGUCCUGACUAAGAAACCCCCACCAGAUCGAGCCCCCAGAAUAAUAAGUAAAAAACUGAAAGGUCAGUCAGUAAAUAUUGCCUGGGAACAAGUGGAACCGAUGGCUAAUGAGUCAUCAAUAGAUGGGUACCGAAUACUAUACAGGCAGGAGGGCCAAUCCACAGGCACUCUGUACACCACCAUUAAGCGGUCCAUUGAUCUUCCUCUACCUGCAAAUGGGAACUACGUGGUGGAGGUCCGGGCACACACGGAGGGAGGAGAUGGGGCUAUGACCAAAAUCCAGGUCACAGGUGGGGGUGCCUCGGCCACACAGUCUCUCAGCGUACUCUCCCUGCUCUUUGUGGCUCUCCUCUGCCUGAACCUCUGAAUGUAGCGCCAUCUCUGUCUUCAGUUCCUGUGAAGGAGACGCCUAUGGUUGCUUAAGGUUGAUGUCUGCAAGGACAUUGAGACUCUUUCCACAAUCUUUUGGUUCCGCUGUGUAAUCUGGGAUGCCAUGUUCCGGCCCUUUCCUCUGGAAUAUGUUUGUGGAAAUGGACACAGAAAUGGAAAAAUUGGAAAUGGACAAAGACAUUCCUUAUUUAUCCACAAAAAGCCUCUUUGGAGGAGAGUCAAAGGAGUUCUGUCAACUUUAAAAAUAUGCCUUAUAUAAAUGACUGCACUUAUCAUUCACAGUAAUUUGUUUUAAAAUGGGUCAAGUCUGUAAGUGUCAACACUGCACUUCUCACAGGUUGGCUGUUCAGUCAUUUUCAAUCACAAAGGUGUGCUUUCUUAUUUAAAGAUGCUGUAUGUUGCCGUCAUUUGAUCUGUGAUGUUUUGGAAAAUCAUUCCUACAGUGCAUUCCAUAGUAUAAGGCAAACAAGUAACUGUGAAGGGUAAGUGUACGAGUUUAUAAAAAAAAUCGUCAUGUCUUUCAUGACUUGCUGUUAAGUGGCAUUUUUUUUUUUUUUUAAAUCAAGCACACCCUCUGUUAAAGAGAUACAGUCAAAUCAAAUCUCAACCUCUCGCAUCCUUUAAAACGCACCUAGAGAAAAGGAGCAGUUAAUGCCACUUUGAAACAUAUUCAAUAACUGAUGUUGUUUUACUGUCUAACAUGACUGCGUUCUCUAAAGAGAAGCAGAUUGGUUUAACCUGCAAUUGCUGCUUACUUCCAAACCGUUAACAUAAGCUCUACUAAUACCACUUUAAACUGUGUGCCUGUUGACGGGGAAAAAUUUAGAAAUGGUUCAAAGUGUACUGAUUUUGGCACAUUUAUAUUUGGAUGCAGAAUUCAGCGGAAACAGACCCACAGGAACAGGAAGUGAACUGAGCAACAUGUAAAGUCAGUUUAAAAUGUGCGUAACAAUGUGGUUCUUUCAAUUGCUUGCAGCCUCUGGUGAGAUUUGUACACCUGUGGUAAAUGCUUUGCAACAUUUAGGCCAAUGUUGGUCUGAGGCUGAAAGCUUCAAUAUGCUAGUGAUCUAAACUAAAUCUACUUUGUUUUGACUGUAUCAUUAGGACCUCAGUGGAACCAUCUGGUGCUUUGUAAACGAAUGUUGGCAUUUUGUUUAAUGUGAUCGGUUUCCUUUAAUAUCUCUUGUUUAUGGGUUUGUGUGAGAGUCGCUAUUAACAGCAACGCUCGUGCCCUCCUGUAAUUGUGCAAUGUCUGAAUUAUAUGUGGCUACUUUAUAUUUUCUAACAAGAUAAUUUGCUUAGCACAUGUAACCGUUAUCCAGUUUAUUUCAUUUUUCAUGCGCUAGAAAACAGAAGGUAAGCAAAGCCAUCCAAGUCAGCUGUAAGAGCUCACCCAAAGCUCACGAUGUUAUUUCGAAUACAUUUGUGUCUUUUUAUUAACAUAUGAUCAAAGAUAUAUAAACAUUGACUGUUGUCAUGUUUGUUUUUUAAUAUUAUAUUUGUAUGUCUUCACCCACCUCUGGUUGGACAGUUUAUUUCUCUCAACCUGAGGAGCAAAUGGUGCAUUUUGAGUUCCUCUGAUUCCUUUCUUGUGUGACUGAUGCUGGUCAUACUUCUACAUUGUGACAAUAUCAAUGUCCACCACAAAGUGCUUUUUCCCGACUUUUCUUCAUGCCACAAUUAAAAAAAAAAAAAAAAAAGUUGCCAAAUGCAUGAAUGCCUUGAACUUUGACAUUUUGGAAGAAGCAGUAGCUCAAAAUUAUAACAUGCAUGAGAUUGGAGGCCAAGUGGUACAUUACUCUGCAACACAUCUACAUCAUAGCGACUUCUCAGUCUCUCUGUGUGAAAUACAUUCCAUACCUGAGUGACAUCCCUUUAUGUCAGAGGAGGAAUAGAUCCUAGACUGAUGUGUUCAUUAGCUGCUAAGCUUCAUUAAGUUGGUCAUCUCGUGCGAAGUCUUUGAGAGAGAGAAAAUCUUAAACUGACUAAAGGAAUCUCACUCAUUAGAGUUCAGAAAUGGUCCCGCAGUCUCGCACAUGCAAAGGCUGGGAUUUGAUAGCAUCACUGGUGGCUGUGGCAGCAUGUUUGGCUGUCUGCUGGAAUUCAGUGCUUCGUUGGACAUGAAUGGCAUAUAUGAGGGAUGAAACUGGAACCUCUCAUUGGCUGGACAAGGAACAAUAAAAGUGUAGUUAACUAUUA